AACAGAACGGUAUUGGCCCUCGUUCUCGUAGGAACCGCAGCGAUUUGACCUGUCUACCGUUGCUAGAGCAAAAUUAGCUGCUGAGGAUGAAGAAUCGAAGUCGGAAGAAUGAAGGAACUAGCGAAUCCUUCAACAAGUCUGACUCAAUCGAUAGGCCCAAAUCAAAGACGAUGAAGAAGAAGCAAAAGAAUAACCUGCCGAGGUUGGGCGCAGGAGGCCUUUCACUCCAUGCCUUCGCUAAUGCGAAAUCCAAGGACAAUCACUAUAACCCAGCUCUCAUAAAGAAGCAAAGGGAGUUCUAUAAGAAUGCUAAGAAGGUGAACAAGUUUAAGAAGUUGUUGAAGCAGCAGAAUGAGCAGAAUGAUGUCUCCUUGCCCCAGAGAAUGAUUGAGAGUGAGAAUGGAGUAGAAGAAGACAGGGACAACAACAAGAAGAGGAUCAGAAAGGAUGCUUCCCUUCGUUUGGAAGAACUGUACAAGAAGAAGCACGAAGAGAAAGAGAAAGAAAGGCUGGAAAGGGAGGCAGCUAUAAAGGCAAAGAAGGAAGAAAUAGAAAAGGCUGAAUCUCGGAGAAAGGCUAUGCGGGACAAAAUGUUCAAGAAAACACGAAAAGGGCAGCCAGUGAUGAAGUAUAGAAUAGAACAUCUUUUGGAGACAAUUCAAGAUUCAACUAAACACUAAAUCUGACAGGAAAUCCUAAUUAAUUCAUGUGACAAAAGAGAGAAGAUCACGGAGAACACCCUCGAUAUACCUGAAGUCUGUCACCAGCUUUUCGCUCAUAACAUGAUUCUUUUUGUAACAUUAGUAGAACAGAACAGCUUCUUGUGCUGGUUGAACAUGACGAAAUAUGGGUUAUAAUAUAUAUAGAUUUUGCAGUGUUCUGUGCUAUC